AUGGUCUCAUUUCUCGUCGUCGCCGCUCCACAUCUGAUACCCUGCCCGGUCGACCCUCGCACACUCGCCGAUUCCGCAGACCCCACAGGAGAGAACAGGCGGAGACGGCGGCGGAGAGUGCCGGAAGACGAGAGUUGCAAUGGCGUCAUGAGUGAGGAGCGGAGAAGGCAGCGCUUGAUUGAAGAGAAAUUGGCGGCGAAGAGGGAAUGCCCAGUGCCCAAGCCCGGCGGUCUGAUUGGGCAGGUGCUGGGUGUACAAGAGGACGAGGGCAAAGAAGAGCAACAACUGACCAUCUUGCAACGAGUCGAGAAGAUGUCCAUGAUCAGGAACGCGAUUAAGAUGCCUUCUGAACCUCUGACAAAAGCCCAGCGGAUGAGCUACCGCAUUGGCCGCGGCGAACAAGGUGUCCUGACACUCGAGCCAUACAAGUCCGAGAUCCUCCCUUUAUGGCGUUUCAAAACACCUGCCAUCGCGCAAAAGUCCUCAUCUGAAAUCUACGCCAAAUUUCUUGAAUACGACAAGAACGAUGACUUCGUUGGCAUGGACAUGUCCCGCAAGUUCUUGCAGAUGGGAAUGACCAGGGCGAAGAGAUAUGCAAAUCAUGCUGGAGGAAGAAAGUACGACAAGAAGACCGGAGAGCAGCUAGAGAGAAGCAAGGGCCAUGAGGGGCAAGAUGAGAAACUGGAGGCUAGCAUCAUCUUCAGGGAGGUUUGGGAUAAGGCCAAGCUGCACGAGGGCUACGUGGACAAGAAGGGGAGGUUUAUGAAGGAGCAAAAAGAGUGGGAUAAAGAACAGAAGAAGGAGACCAAGAAGUGA